ACACCCAACACGGUCUACCGCUAUACUUCAAUAAUGGAAUGCUCAACAUCGAUAUACGAGAAAUACGCAUAACUAACAAUGGCUACAACCUCAGCAGUUCUUUGCACAAGGACACGUUUCGAAACUACACGUUAAUCACCAAAAUAACUAUGAAACAUGCACAGCUUACCGCCAUCCCGGCUGGGCUCUUUGAUAGCCAGAUUGGAUUGACAACGCUGGAUUUGAGUGUCAAUCUCCUGAUAUCGCUACCUGCUGGCUUGCUAAGCAAUAAUCAUCAACUUACACAUUUGUGGUUGAACGAUAACCGCAUCGGAUCACUACCUGCCGGCUUGUUGCGCAACAAUUCUAAACUCAUGCAUGUAUUCCUGGGACAAAACAAUCUUGUAACUUUACCUGCAGACUUUUUUUCCCCGUCUCAAAACAGGAUGUUCCUUUACUUGGGCCAAAGGAAUAAAAUUGCCUACCUUCCUGUUGAUAAAUGGCCUGCCGCUGUCAUGACCCAAACGCCGUUUGACCAUGUUGUCCGAAUGCCAGUUGUGUUUCCUGCUCUCCGUAUACGUCGCUUACAUGUAGUUUCAGGACCAGCUAAUUGUCCGAAGUUUAACUGCAGUUAUUUGACAUCAGCCUGCGUCAACCUUUGCUGCAAGACUGAAUGCCCUCCAUGUGACUUUGGUGUAUACGACGUUAAGUCCUCUGGUGGUAUUGUAGUGCAUAGCAGUACAAACGUAUCGUCCUACUGCAACGACGGGUACCGGCUGAAGGGAGCCAGCAACGGAGUACCUCAGCAGCAGUGCCCCGGAGCCCCGGGUUAUAAAUUUCCCGGAUGUGAAGGUGAGUGCUGUGAACUUAGACUUUAACUACACUGGCACCACACCAAGUAUCCCUGGAGUUACUGGUGUGUGGCGUAGCUAUGAAUCAACGGGUGAUAACACUAUCG